AAUAGUCCAAAAAUUACAGCAUGUUAAAAUCACUUUUCCCUCACAAUUCAAUACAUUGACCUGUUUUAAAUCUUGAAUACUGACACACACUAAAAGUCCUUAUAUCACUUUGUUUCAACAAAUUUCUAUUUUCAGCUGCUGACAUAAAAAACAACAGCGGAAUCCUCUGAACACGCCCUUUUCCCCAGAAGACCUGAACGCCGCAUUAAUCAGCCCUCUCGCAUGUGGGCGUGGCCUCUUCUAAAAGGGGGAGGAGUUGUUUGCGCGCGUGUAUGUUUGUGUGCGUGUCCGUGUGUGUCCUCCCCGGCCGCAUGAGAUGAGCUGCCUGCAGUCUUUGCAGCCACUGUUUUCGCCUCCUUCCUCCGCCACCUCCUCCUCCUCCUCCUCCUGUUCUCCUUCUUCUUUGCCUCUUGUCUGUCUGUCCGGUCGGGGAAUAUUGACCCGCGGUGGCCUGAUCCAGCGCUGCUAGAGUCUCCCUCCAUCUCCAGGACUGCCACUCUCCCGUUUUUUUUUGUUUUUUUUUUGUUUGUCUCUGAGGGGUCGUAGCCUGCCUGAGCUGAUCUUGGCUGGAAGGUUCUCCUCUGUCCAUCUUCUUGAGACUGAUCCAACCAGACAAAUUGCACAAAAGAUCUGAGAAACGCAAACCAUGGCUGUGGCCGGAUGUCCGGAUUAUUUCCUGCAUCAUCCAAAUUAUCAGCAGGACAACAUAGAUCGUUCCUCCAACCACAGACAGGCUGAUCUCAUUGGUCCGAGCUUCCAGCAAUCUGCCAAUCAGAGUUCUCCUAACCAUCAAGAGGAUGACGUUGACUUAGAGGCCCUGGUGAAUGAUAUGAACUCGUCGCUGGAGAGCCUGUACUCCUCCUGCAGUGGUCAGCAGACAGAGUCGACCCCGCUGCUGCACAACGGACAGACCUCCUCCUCACACCACCAACACCAACACCACCAUCAUCACCAUCACUUGCAGCACAACCAGCCUCGCCAGGGUCAGCACUCACACGUGUUGAGCCACGUCUCCCCGGAGCCGCCCUCCUCCUCCUCCUCGUCCGCGGAUUCACCUCAAACUAGCCUCCGACGGUCACAGCCCAUGCACAUCCUCGCUGUCAGGAGGUUGCAGGAGGAGGAGCAGCAGCUGAGGACAUCGUCGCUCCCGGCCAUCCCCAACCCGUUCCCUGAGCUCUGCAGCCCAGCAAGCUCACCUGUCCUCAGUCCUGGGUCUUUACCUCCUGGAGAACCCUCUUCAGGCAAAUAUAUUGUGAAGAUCUUCAGUGAAGACGGCAUGGGUAAAGUUGUGGAGAUCCCAGCCGACAUGACAGCCAGGGACUUGUGCCAGCUCCUGGUUUAUAAAAGCCAUUGUGUGGAUGACAACAGUUGGGCACUUGUUGAACACCACCCGCUGCUAGGGCUAGAACGGUGUCUUGAAGACCACGAGCUGGUGGUUCAGGUCCAGGCGUCUAUGAACAGCGACAGCAGAUUCCUCUUCAGGAAGAACUAUGCCAAAUAUGAAUUCUUCAGAAACCCCCUGACAUUUUUCCCAGAGCACAUGGUUGCAUGGUGCCAGGAAACCAAUCAUACAAUUCCACCAUCUCAGCUCCUUCAGAACUUCCUUGCAACCAGUAGCUGUCCAGAAAUCCAGGGGCAUCUGUAUAUGAAGGACGUGGGGAGGAAGUCAUGGAAGAAAGUUUACAUGUUCCUGCGGCGCUCAGGACUCUACUGUUCUACAAAAGGAACCUCAAAGGAGCCCAGACAUCUACAGUUACUAGCAGACCUAGAAGACAGCAACAUCUUUACUGUCAUCACAGGCAAAAAGCAGCAUGGUGCGCCCACAGACUACUCGUUCUGUAUCAAGCCCAAUAAAGGCCGAGGGGAGAUGAAGGAGUUGAGGAUGUUGUGUGCCGAGGACGAACAGAGCAGAACCUGUUGGAUGACGGCCUUCCGACUCUUUAAGUACGGGAUUAUACUGUACCAGAAUUACAAGAUUCCUCAACAAAGAAAAACCUUACUGUCACACUUUUCUGCUCCUGUGCGGAGUGUAUCAGAGAACUCCCUCGUGGCAAUGGAUUUCUCAGGGAGAAUAGGCAGGGUGAUCGACAACCCAGUAGAGGCUCAGAGUGCCGCCAUGGAGGAGGGACAUGCGUGGAGGAAGAGGAGUCAACGAAUGAACAUAUUGGGUUCCCACAGUCCACUACACCACUCCUCACUAAGCUCGGUCAUCCACAUAGCUCAGCUGUGGUUCCAUGGCAGGAUAACCAGAGAAGAGUCCCAUCGUAUCAUCCACCAACAGGGACAAGUAGAUGGGUUGUUUCUGCUGAGAGUCAGUCAGAGUAACCCCAAGGCGUUUGUGCUUACAUUGUGCCAUCACCAGAAAAUCAAACAUUUCCAGAUCCUACCGUGUGAAGAGGAUGGCCAAGUCUUCUUCAGCCUUGAUGACGGCGCCACCAAAUUCACCGACCUGAUUCAGCUGGUGGAGUUCUACCAGCUCAACAGAGGAGUGCUGCCUUGUAAACUCAAACACCCGUGCACCGUCGUGGCCUUAUGACACCUCCGGAUCAUCUGACCCCUUUGAACCCUGACACUUGACCUGACUCUGCCUAAAAAACAAACAGAAACGAAAAGAAUCUCCUUGUCGGCUGGUUCUUCUUUGUUUUUAUCUUUUUAAGAAGCUGGUGAAUUGACUGAUGUUUCGUUGUCGUUGUUUUAUAUUGUUGUGAGUCCGCUGGAGACUGCUGACUUGUUGGAUUUCUUUUGACUUGCAUGGAGGUUUGAGGAGUCGGAUGCACAACUCGGUCACUCGUUUUAAGAAAAGAAGAAGAUAAAGGAAAUGAACACUGCCAUUUGUGUCAAUGCUGUUGCAAAAUCUUCCACAGUCUUGCUCCCAUUAGUCAUUAAUAAGCAUGGGCCCUCAAGGUUUUAAUCACACAGCUCAACCGUAGACUGUAUUACCCUUCAACUGGACAAUCAGCAGGACAAUUCAAGCUUUCGUGUGGACCACUCUGCUCUCGGAGAACAAACAGUAGUUUCAUUUAAGCUUUUGAUCACACAUCCUCGAAGAAUAUACUGUAGAUGGAGAGUUUCUUGUCACUUAGUACUCAUUAAAGUGGGUGUGGCCUUUGACGGUGCAUGACCUCUCCACUGGCGCAUUACUUAACUGUGAGAUGGUGCCACCGCCCUCUAGUGUCAUAGGCAUGCAUGGACGUGUCCGAAUUCAACAUGGAUGAGAUUUGGAGGCACCAGAAAGGUUGUGUUUUUUUUUCUCACUCUCUCUCUUUUUGAGAUUUGGAGCUAAAAAAAUUGAAGAAUCUGGAACUAUUAAAACAAAGUAUUUUGUGGACAGUACAAAAUCUGCAUUGUUUACCCUUUCAGAAGUGUAUUCCAUCAUUUCUGAUCACACAGGGUUUCUUUUCUUAAUGAUGCAUCAAUUGCAGUCAUGUAUUGUUAGCAAUAUUCUCUUGAAUAAUUUUGUUUAACGUCGACCUUUUGCAUUCUGGAUAUUUGCAACUCUUCAUCAUUCACAUAAGCUACAACAGAGUCGCUCUGUACUCGUUCUACUAUGUACAUUCUGUUGCUCACUUCAGCUCCCCAAAGUAUUUCCCAGGCAACUUCCACAAAAACGAAAGAAUUCUAACCAGACAGGCAGUUUUGGUGAUCGUAAUGUUAAAUUCAGGUGCAGUGGAGGAAAUUAGUAAGUGCAGCUGCAUGUCGUGGUUUUAUCUAUUUUCUUUCACUGCAGGCAAAUGCAUAAUGCUGCCAAGUGCAGAGGAUAACAUGAGCCAAAGGAGAGUAUCAGUUUUUUGUUUUUUGUUUUUUUGUCUGAUUUUCCUAGCCACAGCACAGGGAAGGUUAACCACUAGCAUUUCCUUCAAGAGUUUUACCCAAAUAACUGACAGCAAGUCAAAGGAAGCAAAAUCAAUAUUAAUCUGCGUCAAGCUAAAAUUGCAUCGACCCAGAGAUGCAGCGGAUCCUGUGGGGAACAAUCAAUCCCAGGUCUUCACCCUAUUUUCAUAUAUGUUGCACAAAUUACCUCCUAUCUGUUGGAAGUCAGUGAGAUGCUGUCAAACGUGCAUGUGGCUAGAAACAUGGUUAGGUUUGCUCUGACACCAAUAGUAGACUCCGUGCAUUACAUUCCAUAUAAUGUGGCCUUUUUACUACCUGGAAGUACUUGUAAGAACAAACAGUGUUACCUAUAAAUUUACUGCCCCAGUAGACACCACCUCUUUGUAGAUCAGGACAGAAUGUUGACAAAAAAGCUAGCUGCUAGGACAAUGUGGAUAAAAUGUGUAGAGAGAGAAAUUCAUCACAAUAUUCUAAAAAAAAAAAAAUGAUGCCUGCAUGUCCUUUUCAUCUUCCUCCUCACCCACUCUCAUUACACUUUCUUUAUCGUACAGCUAGAUAAUACUGUUGGAACAUACUCAGUGGCUUCAACAAAAAACAGAACAUUUGAGGACUUUAACCCGCCUCCCUUCAUUUGAGUUCAGUGACAUGUACGUGAUUUGUUUUUGAGUGCCGAUGAUGAGAGUAUCAGACGGAGAACACAGACAGACAACUCGUACAGAGCUAUUUUCAGGGCACUGGAUAUACUUUAUGACCCAGACAGAGCAAUUUGAUCAAGAAUCUUUUUUUUUUUUUCUUUGUUAAAACGAGCCAAGGUCAGCCAAACAAAAAAGUAUUUUACUGGAUUUCUCUUUGGCCGAGUCUACAAUGGAGCUCCUGUAAUUAACUAUAGUGAACUCCCAGGGAAUUCCCAGAAUUUGACAGCUGGGAUUUGACUUAAAGGAUAACUCAUAAAAGGCAGAACCCAGGAAAGACACAGGUAAAUACUGGAAGUUCUUGGUUGGAUUUUGUCACUUCACAGAAGCCACAACCAGUCAGUUAGGUUCAGAAAUAUCUCACCACAAAGCUUUUGGUUUUUUUUUCUUUCCUUUUGUACACAUAAAAUUUCUUGAAAAUUUUUAGUCCAAGGCUUGGUGGUAGGGUUGUCUAGGCAACCAGCCAGCAGAUUAUUAGAAAUCUAUUUGUACUUACGUACAUCAACAGCCAUUUUUGUCUUAAGGUAUAUUUAACAUCUGAGAUGCAUAAUAGCAGCACUAUAUUGACACUCUGUGCAUGGUCACCAUUAUUUAUCUAAGAAGCAAUGACUUUUUUUUUCCUUUUUUUUUUGUUUUGUUUCUAUUGUUGCAGGAAAAUGUAUUUAUUUAUCUGGAUGUGACUGAUUACUUGAAAAUUUUAGAUUUCUUUUUCUCAGCGCUGUUCUGUACUGUUUUCUUUUGUCAUUACCAUGAAAUGAUUGACCAGUGUGAUGAUUAUUAUAACUGUAAUGACAUAGCCUAUAUUGAUGUAUUUUUUUCUUUUCUUUUUUUUUUUUUUUUUUUUAGCUUUGAUUAUUCAAAAAUAAUUUUGUCAUGAUCAACACUUGUUAUGAAGUGAUGUUUAAGCACACUGGCAUCCGUAGUGUUAAAAUUAUCAUUCCAAUAGACGACAAGUGGAAUGUUGUGAAACUAAUAACAAAAAAUACCAGGGUUUCCCAAAGCAUUAGCCACUAAAUUAUAAUUUUUUAAAUCCCAUUUUUAAUUACUGUUCUUAUUUCUCCAAAAUCUGAAAAAAAAAAAAAGAAAAAAAUCAAGAACCCACUAACCCACUAGUGGGUUUCAACCCACUAACGUUUAAAAGCCUCGAAUUUCCUUGUUGUCCUGUAGUGAGCUAAAAUAGAAAAACAUAGACGUGGAUUAUAAAAAGGUUUUUGGAAACUGGGUCAAGUAAGCCUCAACACUCUCAUUGCUCACUGUUUAAACGCCUUGCCUUGAGGACAGAAUUUUAGAAAUUUAGAUGUAGGACAAAACUUUACAUUCAAAUUAAAUGUUUUCAUUAAAAUCUUAAAAUGCUUAGAUUAGAUAUGAUUAAACGAAUGGAUUACCCUGCAGGCACAAUAAAGCAUUAUCAGAAUUUCUUUUUUCUCAGUUCAUACCCUUAAAACUGCAACAAUAAGCUCAUAUUGCAUGUAACUCAAACCGUACCAGAGCAUUGAUGUUAGAUCCUAACAGCAUUGAUGUUAUGAAAAUGGGGGGAAAAAAGCUUAUUUUUAUCAUUUGCAUGAAUGUGGAUCUCGAGUUUAUUCUGUAGGGAUCCCAUCACUUGUAUUUUCCGAAUGGAUAUUUGGCGGAAUCUGGAUUAUAACAAGACAUAACUUCUUUUAUGGUUGCUGAAAGUCAUCUUGAGCUAUUGACUUCACUGUCAUGUUGAUUUUAACUGUCAAACUAUUCUAAGUCUCCUGUGAUUCCGCCUGCCCUUCUGCACUCAUCCUCAAACUCCCAAUAUUACUUUUUUUUUUCUUUUUUCUGAUUGAUGUGAAAUGUAGCAGACAUGAAUAUUUGAGGAACAGGUCAGGUAGCCUUGUAAUGUGUAGUUUCUAUAUGCAUAAACUUUUACAGGAUUUUUUUGCUCACUCUAAAUGCAAAAGGCCGAAAGUAAAUUCAAUUAUUGAACACUUGGACAAAUAAAUAGGAGGAUUUGAAAAUCCACAUUUUUACACUUAACAGAAAUGAAUGUAACUGGGUUGCUCAGGGCUGACUUGGAGCAUGUUAGAAACUACUGGUCCAUCAAGAGACUUUAAGUACAGGAUGAUAAUGGACUCCAUGUACAGGACAAUGAACAUUUGAGUUGAAUUAAGCUGGGAUUUGCGAACGUUUCUCCAUCAUGUGCACCACCCAUCUGCUAGUUGUGAUUACUUGAAAAAUAUACUUGCAGAAAAUUGAGUAGAUCCUGUACUAUUUAAAGAAUACAUUUAGUUUAAUAGUGCUUUUAAUAUUAUUGUUGAAGCUGUUUAUUAAAAUACUGGCCUGGCUACCUGAGCUGAUUUAUGGCUCCAUUACCAACAUGUUAAUUAUUUAAACUGGCAUUAGGCAAUGACAGCCGAACAAACUUUCAAUUUUCAUGCUAUCGAUUAGAUGGCAAUUUAGGAGAAAUUGUAAUCUAAUCUGAUUUAUGUCGUCAUGUUGUAAUUGUGUCUUACAGAUAUACGACGCUCAAAAGUGUAAAUGCAAUUAGUGGAGAACAUUGUCAAUUUUGGUAGCCAGGUAUUUGUAACCACAGAUGGUGCCUCUGAUGACCCCUCUUCCUGUGCACAAACCAAUCCUAACAUGUGGACCGAGCGACAAAGCCACCGUUCACACUCACAAAUGAUACACAAUGUAAUCAGUGGUUGACAAAUACAAUUCAGAAACAGAAAGCUGCGCUCUGUGAAUCUGGCUAAAGCUGUUGGGAAUGAAUGCUUGUCUUUUCAGCUGCAGUUUCAUAAUACUUUUGGAGCUCACAGUGAAAUGGCCCUGAUCCUGCAAAGAUGGAUUGAUCUAUUAUACUCUUGACUCUUGUGCAUUUUCAUAACAUUGUCACAAUGCAAGAUACCAUGGCUGUACAAAUGACUAAAGUAAAAAAUAUAUAUAUAUCUAUAUAUAAAAAUAUAAACUAUUAUGUAUUUCAGGGAAUGCAAAAAAAGAAAACAGUAACUUAUCUCUUUUUGUAAGGGAGAGCUCCUGUAUUCAUAAUGUGCUUUGCUUCAAUCUGUAAAUAGUUGAAUGGCUUAUAAAUCUUAAUUGUAACCUUUUCAGGUAUUUUUGUACAAAUAAGGGACUGAUAUAUUCUGUUUAUUGUAAUUAGAAUAAAACAUUAAUACAUUGAUAUAAAAAA